CACACACACACACGCACACACACACACACACACACACACACACACACACUCGCCGGACGGUCAUGGCGACGAUGCAGAUUCCCACACCCCGAUCUCUCCUCCUGCUCCUCUUUCUCGCCACCCCCUUCUUCGUCCUCCCCAACCCCUCCUCCGCCUCUGUCUCCCUCCCGGACAUCAUCCUGCCCGAGGUAGUCAACGACAACGAGGCCCACGUGGUCGUCCUCACCGCCGCCAACUUCUCCUCCUUCCUCGCCGUCCGCCGCCACGUCGUAGUUGACUUUUACGCGCCCUGGUGCUACUGGUCCCGCAAGCUCGCGCCGGAGUACGGCGCGGCCGCGUCUCACUUGGUCGGCUGGGGGCUCGAUGUCGCGCUCGCCAAGGUCGACGCCACCCAGGAACAUGACCUCGCUCGCGCCCAUGAUGUCCAGGGGUACCCCACCGUCCUCUUCUUCAUCGACGGCGUGCCCAAACCCUACCCCUACUACGGCGAGAGGACCAAGGACGCCAUCCUCGCUUGGAUCUCCCAGAGACUGGGCCCUGCGGUGCAGAACGUCACCACCGUCGACGAGGCCGAGAAGAUCAUUACCAGCGGCGAAGUGGCCGUGCUCGCCUUGCUCGACUCCCUCUGGGGUACUCACAGUGAUGAGCUUGCUGCUGCCUCAAGGCUGGAAGAUUACGACCAAUUCUUCAAUACUACCAACUUCUACCAGACUACAUGUCCUGAUGUAGCCAAGCUUUUCCACGUUGACCCGGCAGCAAAGCGCCCAUCAUUAGUCCUGCUGAAGAAAGAUGAGGUCAUGUUGACCGUAUAUGAUGGGGAGUUCAGAGCGCCUGCAAUUGCUGAGUUUGUUUUGGCCAACAAAAUCCCAUCAAACAUGUACCGCCCUUAUACUGGAAAGCGCCUCUCCAAUUUUUGAUAGUCCAAUCAACAAGCAAGUGAGUCAUGUUGUCCUCCAUUGGGCAACUUUUUUUUUCUAUAUUAGAACAAUGCCCGUGCGUUGCAACUGCAUAUAAAUAUUCUAAUACGUUAGCUUGUGAUUUACCUGCCUAUAAUAAUGCGACUGUGUAAAUAAAUGUUGAUCAAAUCCUGCCUAUAAAUUACCUUAUAGUUUGAUCAGAAAUUUGGUAAUUAAAUUAAAAAAGAAUUGGCGCAGAAGGUAAAUAAAUUAAUUUGAUUGUUUAUCAUACAAGGACAAGGAAGGGUUGACAAAGGGAUGGUCCAAAGGAAGGUAAAAUGAGAACGCUUACGUUCUUUUUAAGUAGUAUAUACUCCCUCUGUUCCGAAUUAGUUGUCGCAGAUAUGGAUGUAUCUAGAUGUAUUUUAGUUCUACAUACAUCCAUUUCUGUGACGAGUAAUUUGGAACGGAGGGAGUAUAAGAGAUUCCUAUUUCAUAACCCUUGAGUUUCAAGAUUACGGGCCUAUCGUGUCACCCUGUAAAAACCA